AUUUCUAUAUAUAAAUAGGUCCAUUCAGCUACUACUGGAAUGUGCGCCGGACCUGAUUUAGUUUCCAUUUCGUGCUAUUUAAAGGGAAACGUUUUAAGAUGGACACUGCUGAGAGGGCCAAUGGACCGAAAUAUGAGUGCCUGCUCUUUGACAUGGAUGAUACUCUGUACUCCUUGAGCUUGGGUCUCAACCUGGCUUGCCGCAAAAACAUUGAAGAGUUCAUGUUGCAAAAGCUACAUAUUGAAGAAAGUGAAGUUCCGAGGAUGUGCUUGGAAUUAUACAGGGAACAUGGAACAACAAUGGCCGGUCUAAAGGCUCUUGGAUAUGAGUUUGAUGACGAUGAGUUUCAUGCCUUCGUUCAUGGAAGAUUGCCUUACGAAACACUGAAGCCUGAUCCGGUGCUGAGGAACCUUCUACUUUCCUUGCCACAGCGUAAAAUAAUCUUCACAAAUGCUGAUAAGGCGCAUGCAGCUGAAGUUCUCAAAAGGAUGGGAUUGGAAGAUUGUUUUGAGGGCGUCAUAUGCUAUGAAACCCUUAAUCCUCCUCUAGAAAAUGAAAAUAACAAGGAUGCAUUAGAUAAUGAUGCAGUGAUUGCAGGAGGUGAAUCAGAGCCAAGUGACUUUGAUGGUAAUGCUGCCACUGGAAGCAAAAAAAUAUUAAAAAAUGCAUUAGAUAAUGGUAUCAGCUCCAAGUCACGAAUCCUCUGUAAACCCUCUCUGGAGGCCAUCGAAGCAGCUAUUCAGAUUGCAAAUGUGGAUCCAAAGAAGACAAUCUUCUUUGACGACAGUGCUCGAAACAUUGCUAGCGGGAAAGCAGCAGGACUUCGUACAGUUAUUGUAGGGAGCUCAGUCCUUGUACCAGGUGCAGAUCAAUGCUUGAUGAACAUCCACAAUAUCAAAGAAGCGAUACCUGAAAUAUGGGAGGAUGAAGGAGAGCAGAAUGAGCAAGUUAUCCAGUCCACUGCAGUUGAAACUGUGGUCCUUGCUUAGGUUUUCCCUCCAGCUACCUCACAUUUACACAACAUCAAAUCUGGUCGUUGAUAGCAAAGUGACCUAAUGGCCAAAAGAUGAAAACGAAAUGAAGUACUGAUGAAAAAAUCUCCACCGUGAAACUAAUAGCUCAUUGUUUUUGUUAUGGGCAUGUGGCACAUUAGACUACACAUGAAUUCAUGUAGCAUCGUUGAGUUAUCAGUGUGACACAAAUGUUAUAUGCAUUUAUGUUCACUUAACAAUAAUAUAUCCAUCUCUA